CAAAGGAUGCUGAUGCAUUGAAACAAUGAAGUUCUUCGAGAACACUUUCAGCUACGACUACUCCUUUCCCGCCGUCACUCUCGCAUACUUCCUUCGCUAUCCCAACCCUUACUCUCGCCAUGUCUUGACCUCAGACGUGAUUGAUCGGUAUGUCGACCCGGUCACGCAGCGACUGCACACCACUAGACUGCACUUGAAGAAGUCGAAGGUCCCUUCGGCGAUGCUCAAGCUGCUUCCGAAGGGGAUCGGUGGCGCGGACAACUCCGGUCAGAGCGUGAUCCUCGAGACCAGCGUCAUUGAUGUCAAUGAAGGAUGGAUGCAGACGGAGUCUCGCAACAUGGAAUGGACGGGGGUUCUCAGCGUGGUGGAAAAACAAGUCUAUCGCCGCUCUCGUGCCGAAAACGCAGAUUUCUCUACCGCUUCCCCGCCCGCUUCAUCUGGUCUAGGCAUUGACGAUAACCUGAAAGGCGAAUGUACGUCUGUGAAAACUACGGUUACAUUCAAGUCUCGCCUCGGGCAGAAUAUGCUUAGUCGCUCAAAGAAGGAUACCACGGUCGAGGACGAGGCUCCGAGGAAGGGAUUCUUUUCUUCCUGGUCCACCGCCGGCAUUCAGCGAACGAUCGAGCUCAUUGGAGUGAAGCGGACACGGGAUGCCGUCCUCCGCAGCAAGCAGGGCAUGAAUGUUGUCCUUGAGCGGCUUCGGAACGGCGGCAUAGUUGGAGUGGUGGAGGGUAUGAGACAAGACCGCGAGGGCAUUCCUGCACAUGGUGGCCCGUGGAAACAAGUCUGGCUACACGGUGCCCAGAAAGAAGGCCAUUACGACGACGAGUGA